AUGACAAGCCUAAAGCGGACCAGCAAACUACUGGAGGAUGUGAUCUGCCCCAUUUGCAUAGAAAUUCUACAGGAUCCUGUCACCAUUGACUGUGGGCACAACUUCUGUCUGCAAUGCAUCAAUCAGAAAACUACAGCUACAGAAAACCCCCAAUGUCCACUCUGCAAACUCCCUGUGGAUAAGAAUGCAUUCAAGCCCAAUAAGCAGUUGGCUAGUCUUGCAGAGAAAUUCCUAGCUAUAGAUCCUGCUGAGGUCCAAUCUGAAGAAGAGCCAAGAUGUCAGAAGCACAAAGAAAAGUUCCAUUAUUUCUGUGAGAAAGAUGGAGAGUUCCUCUGCUUGGUGUGUCGUGACUCCAAGGACCACAAAACCCAUGAACUUACCGUGAUAGAUGAGGCUGCCCAGAACUACAAGGUGCAGAUUGAGACACAGGUCCAGCAUUUGGGGCAAAAGGACAAGGAAAUAAUUAAAGAGAAAAAGGAAGGUGAAGGAGCAAUCCAGCUGUUCAGGGUCCUUCCUGCCCACACUCUAUCCCUGAACUUAGCACUAAGAUCAACAUAUCUUCACAGGGGUAAAGAAUUUAUAUUUCAUAAUCCAAUCCCAAUUCCUUUGAACCUGGAGAAAAAAAUCAGUGAAGCAAAAGCAAGACAUGAGUCUAUCACAGAAAGUCUGAAGAAAUUAACAGACAACCUGAACACUGAAGGGAAGGAAGAUAAAAGCACAUUCCUGAACAGCCUGGAUAAGAAGGACAAGGAGAACUGGUGCCUGUUACAGAAGAAUAACUCAGAGUUGCUCAGCUCAGAACCUAUGACCCUGGACUCCACUUCAGCUGAUCCAAACCUCACCUUUUCUCAGGAUCUAAAGAAAGCAAGCUUGUAUGUCGUUGACGGCACAUCGAAUACGCAGGCAAAACCUCGACAAUUCUAUCCUUUCCACUGUGUGAGGGGCUCCCCAGGCCUCUCCUCAGGCCGUGUGUUGUGGGAGGUGGAUAUCCAGGGACCCCCAGAUAGGGUUGGCAUAGUGGGCGUAGUCGCCGAGUUGCCUCGGGGGUCCCAGAUUCAGAACUCUGAGUCAUGCUGCUUGUGGGCAUUGCGGAUCUCGUCCUCUGGAUGUCAGGCAAUCACCAACUGCAAUAUCCAGGAGAAUCUCUCAAUCUGUCUCAAGAAAGUGGGCGUCUAUGUGGAUUAUGACCGUGGAGAUAUCGUCUUCUACGAUGCCAUCACUAACAAACACAUCUACACUUUCCAAACUUCAUUUGACAGACAGGUCUUCCCCCUUUUUGGGCUCCUAAAGGCCCGCAGCUCUAUCACCCUGAGCUUCUAG